AUGGUCGAAUACGAUGCUUGUAUUCUUGAUUUGAGAAUAACCAUUGACAUGAAUGUCCACGAGCUAUUGGUUAUUGGAGAAUCAGAUCUAUUGAUUUAUCAUUUUCAAGGCGAGAUGGCCGUGAAAAACCCUAAUAUUAUACCUUACAUACAGUAUGUACAGAAGUUGUGGAAAAGAUUUUGUAAUAUUGAGUUCAUACAUACUCCCAGAAUACAAAAUGAGUUGGCCGAUGUUCUUGACACCAUCACUUCAAUGAUUAAACAUCCGAAUACUGAUUAUACUGAUCCUAUGGAUAUAGAUCUGAAAGAACAUCCAGUUCAUUGUUCACAUGUUGAAGCAAAACUGGACGGUUUGCCAUGGUAUAUUGAUAUAAAGAAGUAUUUGGAGUUCGGAAAUUAUCCUGAAGGUGCUACGUCAAACCAGAAGAAGUCGAUAUGCCGUAUAACUCUCAAUUUCUUUAUAUAUGGGGAAAUCCUUUAUAGGAGGACUCAAGAUUUAGGUCUUCUUAAAUAUGUCGAUGUCGUUGAAGCUGCCAAACUUAUUGAACAAAUACAUGCUAGAGUUUGUGGCACGCAUAUGAAUGGGCUCACAUUGGCAAGAAAGAUCCUUCGAGCCGGGUUUUCUAGAUGA